CCUAUCUAGGAAAAAGAAAGCGGUUUAGGAUUGUUUUUUCUUGGCUUUUAAUAGGAAUCCGGAUCCUCUAUAAGAGCAAAGUGUUAUCGCUGUGUUUCUACACCAUAGUUCCAUGACUUUAAACAGAAAAUUGUUAUUUAUAUUUUAUCGGGCUCGUGCUGCCUCUGGUUCGACAUCGAUGAGAUUUUGUCCCGUUAGCACAUUUAGCUUGAUUAGCGGUUAGCACGCGCAGGAUCAUGUCCUUUCAUCCUGGACGUGGAUGUCCACGAGGCCGCCCUCCCCCUCAGAAUUACUCCCCUGUCCCCCUGCGUUUGCCCCCUCCUCAACCUCUUGCACCCUCUGUGCCCCCUCCGUACCCCUAUGAGCACUCAACACCUCACUGUUCUACCUACAGCCCUCAGUGCACAAGCACGUACACACCCAACAUGGCACCUCGUCCUGAAUUCCCUCCCUACCCUGUCUCAGCUCCCCCUCAGGGUCCACAGUGCCCCUUGCGCCCUCCUUUUCCUCCGCCUCCACUUCCUCUUCACCAGGGCUUCCCAGAACCCCCUAGUUUCCCCCCUCCUCAUUUAACUGUCCCUGGAGGCAGCCCUGCCCCUUCUCAGGGCUCAUACCCUUACGUCCCACCUCCUCCUCCUCCACCUUCGAUGCCUCCACCUGUGCCCUUUCAGCCUCCCUACUCCAUGAAUUACCAUCCUCAGCCUCACCUACCCCCUCUACACCCUAAUUUCUACCCCUCCUCUGAAUCUGGUUCCUUCAAGCCUAUGGAACAUUUCCAUCACUUCAAGAGUGACAAGUCACCCGAUCGGACACGGCGUCACAAAAGCUACGGGUACAGCGGGUACGGUGGGCACGGAGAGCGACGGGAGCGAGGGCGGAGUCCGGACAGAAGACGACAGGAAGGAGGGCGGUACCGAUCAGAGAACGAAAGGGCCCGGACCCCUCCGAGACACCGGAGCCGAGAGCGCAGCAGGGAGCGCUAUCGUCACCGGGACAGCAGGGGCUCUCCUCCAUCUGACCGACACAGGAAACGACCUCGCAGCCGCUCAGGAAGCAGAGAGAGAAAACGUGGACGAACGGAGGAGGACCGAGACCGAGAGAGAGAAAGAGACAGAGAUAGAGAGCGGGACAGGGAGAGGGAAAAGAGGGUGGAGACAGCCGGACGAGAAAGAAGCUACAAAGAGACCGAGGAUGAGGACGAGGAAGAGAUUCUGAAGCCGGCAUGGAUCCGCUGCACUCACGCCGAGAACUAUUAUUCCAAUGACCCCAUGGACCAAGUGGGCGACUCAACAGUCGUGGGGACAAGUAAACUGAGGGACCUGUACGAGCGAUUUGAGGAGGAACUCGGACGACGUCAGGAACGCGCCAAAUCCUCCCGGCCAAGGUGGGAACCCCCCAAAACCAAGCUGGACCUGGACCACGCAGAUGAGAGCUCGAGCGACUCCGAGUGCGACUCAGAUGGGGACAGCAGUUGCUCCAGCAGCUCCGACUCUGAGGUGUUCGACGUGAUCGCCGAGAUCAAGCGAAAGAAAGCACACCCCGACCGGCUGCAUGACGAGCUGUGGUACAACGACCCGGGACAGAUGAAUGAUGGCCCACUGUGUAAGUGUAGUGCUAAAGCCAGACGCACAGGAAUCCGGCACAGUAUUUACCCCGGGGAAGAGACGGUGAAAUUGUGUCGUCCAAUGAGCAACAACGCCGGAAAACUCUUCCAUUACAGGAUCACCGUGUCUCCGCCCACCAACUUCCUGACGGAUCGGCCGACGGUGAUCGAGUAUGAUGAUCACGAGUACCUGUUUGAAGGAUUUUCUCUUUUCUCACACACUCCUCUCACUAACAUCCCUCUGUGCAGAGUGAUCCGCUUCAACAUUGAUUACACCAUUCACUUCAUAGAGGAGAUGGCUCCUGAGAACUACUGUGUGAAAGGUCUGGAGCUUUUCUCUUCAUACCUCUUCCAGGACAUCCUGGAGCUGUAUGACUGGAACCUCACAGGUCCAGAGGAAACAGAGACUUCUGCCUGUCAGAGGUUUCACUUCAUGCCUCGCUUUGUGCGAUUCUUACCAGAUGGUGGUAAAGAGGUGUUGUCUAUGCACCAGGUUCUAUUGUAUCAGCUGCGUAGUAACAAGCCACUCGUUCCAGAGGAGGAGAUCGCUAACAUGCUACAGUGGGAGGAGCUUGAAUGGCAGAAAUAUGCAGAGGAGUGUAAAGGAAUGAUCGUUACUAACCCCGGCAUGAAACCCAGCUCGGUGAGGAUAGACCAGUUGGAUCGAGAACAGUUUAACCCAAACGUCAUCACGUUCCCAAUCAUCGUCCAUUUCGGAAUCCGUCCGGCUCAGCUCAGCUACGCCGGAGACCCUCAAUACCAGAAACUGUGGAAGAGCUACGUGAAGCUACGCCACCUGUUGGCUAACAGCCCCAAAGUGAAGCAGAUCGACAAACAGAAGCUCACCCAGAGAGAGGAAGCUCUGCAAAAGAUCAGGCAGAAGAACACAAUGAGGAGGGAAGUGACGGUGGAACUCAGCAGCCAAGGCUUUUGGAAAACCGGGAUACGAUCCGACGUCUGUCAGCACGCCAUGAUGCUCCCGGUUCUGACCCACCACAUUCGGUACCACCAGUGUCUGAUGCACCUAGAUAAGCUGAUCGGUUACAGGUUUAAGGAGCGAUGCCUCCUGCAGUUGGCCAUGACUCACCCCAGUCAUCACCUGAACUUCGGGAUGAACCCUGAUCACGCUCGUAACUCUCUGUCCAACUGCGGCAUCCGUCAGCCCAAAUACGGCGACCGAAAAGUCCACCACAUGUACAUGAGGAAAAAAGGAAUUAACACCUUAAUUAACAUCAUGUCCCGGCUGGGUCAGGACGACCCCACACCUUCUAGGAUUAAUCAUAAUGAGCGUCUGGAGUUUCUCGGUGAUGCUGUUGUUGAAUUUCUAACCAGCGUUCACCUGUACUACCUGUUCCCCAGUCUGGAGGAAGGAGGAUUAGCUACAUAUCGCACUGCCAUUGUACAGAAUCAGCACCUCGCCAUGCUGGCUAAGAAACUGGAGCUGGAUCGCUUCAUGCUGUACGCUCACGGCCCGGAUCUGUGCCGAGAGUCUGACCUCAGACACGCCAUGGCUAACUGCUUUGAGGCUCUUAUAGGUGCCGUCUAUCUGGAAGGUGGCUUAGAAGAGGCCAAGCAGCUGUUUGGCCGACUGCUGUUCAAUAGUGAGAACCUGAGGGAGGUGUGGCUCAACUACCCACCUCAUCCGCUACAGGUGCAGGAGCCGGUGACGGACAGGCAGCUCAUCGAGUCGUCUCCCGUCCUACAGAAGCUGACGGACUUCGAGACGGCCAUCGGAGUUUUCUUCACACACGUCCGGUUGCUCGCUCGAGCCUUCACACUGCGCACCGUAGGCUUCAACCAUCUCACGCUAGGUCAUAAUCAGAGGAUGGAGUUUUUAGGAGAUUCCAUCAUGCAGCUCGUAGCCACAGAGUAUCUGUUCAUUCAUUUCCCUGACCAUCAUGAAGGCCAUCUGACGCUCCUGCGCAGCUCGUUGGUGAAUAACAGAACGCAGGCGAAGGUGGCAGAGGAGUUGGGGAUGCAGGAGUACGCAAUAACAAACGACAAGACCAAACGACCUGUUGCUCUGCGCACAAAAACACUCGCUGACCUGCUGGAGUCUUUCAUUGCGGCACUUUACAUAGACAAAGACCUCGAGUACGUUCACACAUUCAUGAACGUCUGCUUCUUCCCGAGAUUAAAGUCCAUGCUAAUUGCUUGUCUGUCGAACGUCUCUGGAGACAGAAGGACGGAAGUUCAGACCGACAUCGCCAUGACCCCGAUUUCCAUUUAUGAGCAAAAGCGACAGGGAGAGAAAGAUGUGUCCAUUUCUCCUUCAGGGAAAAAAAGGAAGACUUUAUCCUUUUUUCUCCUCCUCCUCUAAUGGGGGAAGAGAUGGGAAGAAGGUCAAUGGUGUCCAUCCAUCGUGAAAACUUGACAACUUCCUUUCGAACAAUGAGAACACACCAGGGGCUGGAAAGAAAGUAGGAAUGAAGGACAAAGGGCCGAGCGUGUGAAGGUUGCAACAAGUAUUAGGGGCGUACGGGGAUAAGAUAGACAGAGAGGAGAAUUGGGGAUGGUGUGACCUUCCCAAAGUUAUUUCCGAUUAAGCUGAGAAAGAAAGAUGAAUAAUAAAUAUAAGUCAUGAAAGAAAGAGUAGGUAAGGGAGAACCGAGACUAAGGGAGGUUGUAGUAAUGAAGGGAUUUGGAAAAGGAGAGGUUUUAGAAAAGUAGAGGAAGGAACGGAGAGAUGGUGGGUUUGGAGAGAUGUAUGGGGUUAAAGUAAGGAAGAGCUAGAUGGACAAGUUAAAGGUUUGGGGAGGUGGGGGGUUGAAAAUGGGUUGUAGUGAGCGAGAGAUGGUGGGGUUGAAGUGAGAAAGAGAUGGAAGGAUUGGAGAAAUGGAGGGAUUGAGAAAUGUAGGUGUGAAGUGAGGUAGAGAUGGAAGUAUUGGAGAGAUGGAACUGUUGAAAAGAUGCUGGGUUUGGAGACAUGGAGGGGUUGAAGUGAGGAAGAGAUGGAGGGAUUGGAGAUAAGUAGAAAGGUGGGGGUGAAAACACAACAAAUAUAAAUAUAGUUAUUAUUAAAUAAAAACAAUAUUAAAAUUGCACGAAAAAGGAAGAAAUGCAACAGGAGGAAGAAUAAAAGAAUAGAAGCGAUAUAAAGAUGGAGAGAUGAAGAAGCAGAAAGGAACAGAUUUAGAUAUAAGUACAAGGAGAAAUAAAGAUGAAGAGGAGAGAUGUAACAGGAAGAAGGAGCGGCGAUGGGACGAUGGUGAGAUUAGAGGGGGGGAAAGGUGUAAAGUGAUGAGAGAAGAAGCUGGAAAUGGUGAGAGCUGCAGAUCAUUUCAGAUUCAAUGAGGCAGAAAAGAAAUAAAAUAUCAAAAGCAAAGGCAGUCAGGAAAGAAGGGAGAAGGCUGAGGUGAGACGGAGGGAUACGAGAGGAAGAAAGAGAGAAUCAGGGGGAGAAAAAUAUGCAAUUUGAUUGAAGGCAGAGGAUAAAUGGAAAUGAGCAAAAACAAAGAAUGGA